UCUGCAGUAGGGAGUUGUUUGGCGGAUCCCGCAAGUUUUUCUUUACUUUGCAUGUUAUUUUUGUUUCUCUGAAGAAAGGCAAAUUCUUCGCUUUUAUCAUCAUUUGUCUUGUUGUUUACUCGGUGUGUCGACGGACUAUACAAUCAAAGUGUUUUGGGUGUGGUACACAACUAGAGAGAUAAAGAAGGAAGGAAGGCAUCGGUGAGUCGGGACUGACCACAGCUGAGCUUAUGAUGCCGACGUUGCGGGACAGCACUAUGUCCCACCCCGGCGAGAAUUCCCACCAAGUCCGGGUGAAAGCCUAUUAUAAAGGGGACAUCAUGAUCACACAUUUUGAGCCGUCCAUCUCGUAUGAGGGUCUGUACGGGGAGGUGAGGGACAUGUGCUCCAUGGACAACGACCAGCUCUUCACCAUGAAGUGGAUUGACGAGGAAGGUGACCCCUGCACCGUGUCGUCUCAGCUGGAGUUGGAAGAAGCUCUGCGUCUCUACGAGCUCAACAAAGACUCCGAGCUCAUUAUCCAUGUGUUCCCAUGUGUACCAGAGAAACCUGGAAUGCCCUGUCCAGGAGAAGACAAGUCUAUAUAUCGGCGUGGAGCCCGGCGCUGGAGGAAGCUUUACUAUGCCAGCGGUCAUGCCUUUCAGGCCAAGCGCUUUAACAGGCGAGCCCACUGUGCCAUCUGUGCAGACCGUAUCUGGGGCCUGGGAAGACAAGGCUACAAAUGCAUCAACUGCAAACUGCUGGUCCACAAAAAGUGCCAUAAACUGGUCACAGUGGAGUGUGGCAGACCGAUGAUCCAGGAGCCAAUGAUGCCCGGCCCACCAUCGAGUCCAUUAGACCCAACUGAACAGCCAGGCCCCCAGAAUAAAGACUCCAGAGAAAGCUUGCCUUACGAUGGAGAGGAGAAAGAGGCACGGAGCAGUAGGGACACAGGAAAAUCGCCUUCCAGCCUGGGCCUGGCGGACUUCGAUCUGCUGAGGGUGAUCGGCCGAGGCAGCUACGCCAAGGUGCUGUUGGUGCAGCUGAAGAAGACAGAGCGCAUCUACGCCAUGAAAGUGGUGAAGAAGGAGCUGGUCAAUGACGAUGAGGACAUCGAUUGGGUCCAAACAGAAAAGCACGUGUUUGAGCAGGCCUCUAAUCAUCCCUUCCUCGUCGGCCUCCACUCCUGUUUUCAGACAGAAAGCAGACUCUUCUUUGUUAUUGAAUAUGUGAACGGUGGAGAUCUCAUGUUCCACAUGCAGAGACAAAGGAAACUGCCAGAAGAACACGCCAGAUUCUACUCAGCAGAGAUCAGUCUGGCGCUCAACUACCUCCACGAGCGGGGAAUCAUCUACAGAGAUUUGAAACUGGACAACGUGCUGCUGGACUCCGAGGGACACAUCAAACUUACAGACUACGGCAUGUGCAAGGAGGGCUUGAGACCAGGCGAUACAACGAGCACUUUCUGUGGUACCCCCAAUUACAUCGCCCCCGAAAUACUCAGAGGAGAGGAUUACGGAUUCAGUGUGGACUGGUGGGCGCUGGGUGUGCUGAUGUUCGAGAUGAUGGCAGGCAGGUCGCCCUUCGACAUUGUCGGGAGCUCCGACAACCCAGACCAGAACACAGAAGACUACCUCUUCCAAGUAAUAUUGGAAAAACAGAUCAGAAUCCCCCGCUCGUUGUCUGUCAAAGCCGCCAGUGUCCUCAAGGGAUUCCUCAACAAGGAUCCCAAGGAACGUCUAGGCUGCCACCCUCAGACAGGCUUUGCAGACAUCAUGGGCCAUCCAUUCUUCCGAAACGUCGACUGGGACCUUCUGGAGCAGAAGCAGGUGGUGCCUCCUUUCAAGCCCAACAUCUCAGGAGAAUUCGGAUUGGACAACUUUGACGCCCAGUUCACCAACGAGCCCAUCCAGCUCACACCUGAUGAUGAUGAUGUGGUGAAGAAGAUCGACCAGUCUGAGUUCGAAGGGUUCGAGUACAUCAACCCACUCCUGAUGUCAGCGGAGGAGUGUGUGUGAGAAACGCGACGCCUGUGCUCACAUACACACCACCCACACACACACACACACACACACUCAUGCACGUGUUACGUGGUGUUUCAGUGUCCUCAAGCUGCAUGGUUAUGAGACAACCUGAUGACAUCAACCUUCUGUUCGAGGGCCGCACAUGCACAGUAGAACGCUUAUUUGCCAAAACCAGUCUCACACUCAGCCAUUUAUAACCACUUGCCCUUAAGCCUACCUUCUUUCUUAAUUAUUUUUAUAUCAUGUAAAUCUGCACUGAUAUCAAUUUUCUCAUUGGGGCCUCUUUACCGGUAGCCAACGAGGCUACAGAGU